GGACACGUGGAAAACUAUGCACAUCGUCAGUCUUACGAAGUUACUCGUAGCUUUCGAACGCGUUUUACUGUUUCGAGAUAAAAAGUGUUUUAUGUAAUACUUUGUAAAUUGUAAUACGAUGAAUCGGGGAUACGCUUUCGAUAUCGUGGCGAUUUAAACGGAGCACACAUUCUCGUCGGCGUUCCGUUAAGAAACGAGAAUGGAGUUCUUCAUUAAGUAGUACAGAGAGGCGACACAUUUGUCCGCGGUAUUGUAAAGGCGACUUCUCUCGAUAUUAUCUUAUUUCUUGGAGUUGCGAUCAAAAAGAGGCCCAAAUGCACUCGGCCGUGAGAAAUUGGUUGCAGCGUGGCGAACUCGAGAAACUCGAAAAUGUCGUGUUGGAGGGUCGGGGCUCGCGCCUGUUAAGCGAACACUCGCAGGAUCUUAGAACUCGUGUCUUCCUGAAGGGACUACCAAACUACUUGACGAAGAUCUCGCAAGUGCACGAUGCGGUUGCGCGCGGCUCGUUAGCUGAAACGCAGAAGAUAAUAUCCGAGGAGUCGAAGAAGAAGCUGGCGAUCGCCAAGGAUUCAUGCGGGGUACCCUUGCUACACAAAGCGGUCUACUACGAUCAACCCGAGAUCGUUGCUUGGCUGAUAGAAAAUUACCCUAUUGCGCCGCAACAGAAGGACAGGGAGGGACGUACAGCUUUGCAUUACUGCUGCGCGUGUAAAGAUUCCGAUUCGAUUUGGGAUACUCUCAUAGAAGGCGGAUGCGACGCUAGUGUAUGCGACAAGAGAGGGAACCCGGCCUCUUAUUACCUGGAGCACUCCGCGGAGGUCGAAUUGCCGGAAGAGGAGAUGACGACUCGACGAAGGAAAAGUACCGGAAAGGAAAGUAUGGAUUUCAAGCCCUCCAAUAUCAGGAUAUGGAUACACAACAAGGACAUCGGAAAGUUACAGCAAGUGCUGUGGGAGGGACACGGGUCUAAACUUCGAUGCGAGACCAGCAACAAUCCGCGAAUAAGAAAAUUCCUGGAGGCCGUGCCCUUUAUUAUGGGAACAAUAAAAGACAUUCACGCGACGGUCAUUAAUAACGACUUGGAGGGUCUCAAGAAGAAGUUGGAUGAACCGCCCAUUUCGCCUAUUGUUUUGUGCGGCAAGGACAGCAAUGGCUUAAACGCCCUGCACAAGGCUGCCGGUUUGGGAUACACAGACGUCGCUCGUGAAAUCCUCGAGAGAUCUUCCGCAACGGUGGCGGCUCAGGACAACGAGGGGAAGACUCCGUUGCAUUAUGCAGCUGCGCUUAAGGACGACGGCGUCAUGUACGACCUCCUGACGGAGCACGGGGCCGAUGAAAGUAAACUCGAUAACAGACAAAAGGCGCCCGCGUUUUACAAGAACCGCCCUUCGGACGUAGACCUGUCGAAUCUGUCGCUGAUACCGGAAGCGCCGCGUGUUUCCGACACUUAUCCGAAAAGCUGGGACUGGAGAAUCUUGGAAAUGGGACAAGCCGUUAUGAGAGGCAUGAAGAAGGUUAGCAGUGACGAUAGCGCUUUCGGUAGCGCCGAAUCCACGAUGAAGGAUUCGGACGGCUCGAAUGGCAAGGUCAAUGGUAUGAUGGAUUACAUGGGCGAUUUCGUGGAACAGAGAGCCGACGAUGAGCAACAGGAGAGCGAAGAAGCCGCGACUCCGAACGGAGACGAGCAGAAUGGAGAUGAAGAUGAGGCGAACGACGGGGGAGACGAGAACGAGGACGCGGGAAAUAACGAGGAAGAUGCCACGAAUGAGAAUGAAGGAGAGCAAGAGGAGAAAGCGUCAUCGGACGAUGACGUGGUAACUGGACCUGUCACGGAGCCGACGAAAGACGAGGAGGACGGGCCUGAAGCCGCCGCUAAUGAAGACGGCGUCUACGAGGAAUCCCCGAAGAUCGAGGAAAGCGUCGAGCACGAAGAAAGAAACGAACCUAGCACCGGCGAUUCCGGCGUUGACGAUCCUGCGCAAGACGAGGAGCAGCAGGUCAUCGUCGGCGAGCACAAGGAGCCCGCGGAGGUAGAAUUGACUGAGGGUAGCAUGGGCCGGGACCCAGAAGUCGAGGGUCUGCUGGGCGAAGGCAAUAUGGAACAAUUAGCGGUUCUUGUUCUCAAUGGCGAUGGCCGACGAUUGAUCGGACGACAGACCGGGAAUCCCGAACUCCAGGCUUUUAUCGACAACGUUCCGACCUAUAUGGGGAAAAUCCGUGCCGUGCACUUGGCAGCGCGAGAUGGGAAUCUUCGCGACCUGCAAAGCGCACUGGAUCGGCGCAAAUUCGCGGUGGCGCGAGACGCGUCGUCGCCCCACGGUGCAACGCCACUGCACGUGGCCGUUGUCUUCGGAAACACCGCUGUCAUCAGGUACCUGGCAGGAAGAUUUCCAGAAACCGCCAACGCGAUCGACCUCGACGGACGUACCCCGUUGCAUUACGCCGCGACGCUCGCUGAUAACGGCCAUUACUAUAAUCUUUUGCUACACCUGGGUGCCAACCCUUUAGAACAGGACAACUUUGGACAAAAGGCGGAUUAUUACAAGCAAAAUCGCAGCGAUUUAUCGCACAAAAAGCUUCUCCGCGAUUUCGGAGCUAGCGAGAAGCUCGCCGACGAAAUGUUGACGGAUAAAGUGCCCGGAGGUGAUAUCUACUCGGCUCGGCGGGAUGUGAGCGAGCCUGAGAUCCUGGCAACCCUGGAACGAUGUUUCCGAUUGCUGGCGGGCAACCGGCGAACGUCGAUACCGAAGACCCCGUCGAACGCCGAUGACAGCGAAAUCGACAUUCCAAUAUUUCGCACGGAGGAAGGACAAUACUUAGCAACAUCGCUUGGCGAUCCCUUAAUUAAAGGAUUGACGGAAGUUGCUAACGCACGUCCAAAGGAUCCGAUUACAUAUCUCGCGACAUAUUUAUACAACUUUGCUAGCAAGAACAAAACCAAUGAACAGGAAUCCGACGUUCUCAUUAUACCCGAUCGCGAAGAGGGACAUUUGGAUAAUGUCGAGAACGAGACGUUUGAUGACGCCGGCUAUCCCCGAAGCCCAGAUUCGGACGUACCCGAGUCCACAUUCAGCAAUCCUAACAGAGACGAACACGGGCAGAGUAUGAUCCACUUCGCGGCGGUUCGUUCCUAUUCCAAGGAUGGCUUGUACCACCUGCUGCUGGAGACGCAGGUCAAUGUCGGUUUCAGGGAUGAAUUGUAUCGGACAGCCAGAGACGUCGCCGAACAGGCGAACAUUCGGGAGAACGUCGAGGAGAUCGACCGCUUCGUUGUUUACCUCGCGGCGAGAGGAGAGACUGAAAAGCUGGUCGAGCUUCUGCUCGAGGGCUACGACCAUAUUCUGGACGCCGAGGACGACGGGGUGAACAUCAUCAACGUGGCCGCGCAAAGAGAGCACGAAGCUACCGUGCAAUUUCUGCAAUCAAUUCCUAAUUACGUGAACCAACGCGAGGAGGUACACGCCGCCAUUCGGGCGGGCGACGAGGAACGUGCGAAGGAGCUUUUGAGCAAAAAUAACGGGGGUGGCAAGCUGCUGGCGGUUGGAAAGAACUCGAUCGGCCGAUGCGCACUGCACAUCGCUGUACUUCGGGAAGAUGAAGAGAUCGCCAAGUUUAUCGCGAAAACGUAUCCAGAAACAUUACGCAGCGGCGAUAACCUAGAGAGAACGUCUCUUCAUUACGCAAUGGGCGUGCCGUCCGUGGAAGUCUUGAGUAAUAUAUUGAUCAAGGCAGGCGCGAAACGUAUUGUCAAAGAUCUGAAAUCUCGGCAGCCCUCGUACUACUUCAUGAACAAAUCUGAUAUCGAGCGACUUCAAGAAGAGGAGAAAUCCAUGACUGCGUAAAUCUUACAAGGCUAAAUAUUUGCACUCGUAAUAACACGAUCACACUUUAAUAUGUUCGUGCGUUUGAUUGAAAUGUGUAUCGAGGGCCGACGACAGAGAUGAGAGAUAGAUAUAAAUAGAUAACGCGGCAGAUAGUCUCCGUGUUACGUAUCGACUGUUUACAAUGUCGAGUGUAGAAUAAGCGCAAUUCCGAAGAAUCUUAGAGCUCUUUCUAUAAUUUAAAAAUAUGUGUAUUCUAUGUUACGUUUUAUCUGUACAUAAUAGAGAAAGAAUAUUUUGUGAAAAGAUUUCAUCGUCGGCCCCUGUUAAGAAAAGUACAAGUGUAUGACGUGUUGUCGAAAGCAUACGGAUUCAUGAACUGUAUGAACCAUGUCAGAUAUCGUGACAGUUUAGUGCCUUAUAAAUAAAUGUAAUGAGACUGCAACACACAUAUACAUAUAUAUAGUAUCGUCAUUUCACUCAAUUGUCGGCUGUAACGUUAAAAGAAUAAUAAAAGGAAGAGAAAGGAAA